CAUACAUACAAAAUGUACAACCCAAAGAAUCUCCCAGCUCUGCUAUGCCUCCUGCUAGCUGCCGCUCCCACCGCAGUGCUCGCAGCACCUGUUCCUGUUCCUGCUCAGAACCAAACCCUCACCCCCCGACAACACCACUUCACCUCCAACUCCCAAGCAGCCGACGCCUCCGACUUCUCGCUCUCCGACGGCCCCUCCUACAGAAACGGCCAAUCCACCCAGUCUCACUACGGUGAGCAUGGCGGGGAUGGUAACAAUAACGAUCACGAUGUCCCCUCCAGUGACAACGCCAGCACGGAUGCCGAGGAAUCGUAUGAUAUUGGCAUCCCGGAUGGGCCGAGCUUCAAUCUGGGCGAGUUUUAUCAUCAUGAUUAUGAGGAGAACGACCACGGCAGCGCCCCCGCCUCCCCGCCGCCGCCGCCGCCGCCGCCGCCGCAGAGGCCCGUUGUGGUUGUUGGCACGAAUGAACCCGUGCCGGCUGUUCCUUUGACUACUACUACUACUACUACUAUUACUACUGCUCCUACCGCUCCGGCUGUUGUCUUUUCUCCGUCGUCUUCGUCGGAGCCGGUGCCUCCUGCGCCAACUCUUCCUGCGCCGGCUCCUCCUGCUCCUCCUGCUCCUCCUGCACCGGCUCCUCCUGCUUCGGCUCCUCCUGCUUCGGCUCCUCCUGCUCCUGCUCCUCCUGCUCCUCCUGCUCCUGCUCCUGCUCCUCCUGCUCCUGCUCCUCCUGCACCGGCUUCUCCUGCACAGGCUCCUCCUGCACCGGCUCCCCCAGUCGAAGCACCAGAGGCCACUGCGACUCUUGAGACCCCCGAGGAACCCGAGGAGCCGGUCGAAGAAUGCCCUGCUCCUGAGCCGGAGACUGAGUCUGAGCCCACCGAGCCAGAAUCUGCACCCGAACACGAACCUGAGUCUGAGCCCGAAGCCAGCCCUGAACCCCCGGUCACUGAGCCCCAAACCAACCCUAAGUCUGAGCCUGCACCUGCACCUGCACCGGAACAGGAACAGGAACAGGAACACGAGCCCGAGACUCAGCCCAAGAUUGGCUCUGGAUCUGGACCUGACGCGAGCCCUGAGGAUCAGUCCACCUCUGGAUCUGGACCUAGACCUGAAGGCAGCUCUGAUCAGUCCAACAUUGGACCUCAACCCCAAACCAUCCCUGAAUCCCAAGUCCAAGUCCAAGUCAACCCUCAGCCUGGGUCUCAGGAGCCCUCUCCUGUCCCUGUCCCUGCUCCUGCUCCUGCUCCUGUCCCUGCUCCUGAAGCCAUACCAGCACAUACCUGCCAAUGCCCUGCCUAAUUGCAGUCCUGAUAUCUAUCAAGAAGGAUUCACAAAUACACUUCCCCCCCCCCUUCCCCAUCCCCAACCCAUUUCCUUUAUCAUAUCCUUCUUCCCUUCCUUCCAUCAUCCAUCUAUCCUUUUU